GGCGGAGCGCGGCGGCGUGCGCGGGGGCAGAGAGAAGGGGGCCCCUGGGCCCGGGUGCUCGCCGGUCGCCGGGAGGUACCACCGCUGCCUACGGGGGAGGAGGCGGCGCCGGUGCUCGGGCGCCCACCCCGGAGCGAGGGGUCGGGGGAGAGUAAAGGCCAGCAUUUCGGCUUGCCCCCCGCCGCCCUCGCCGUCCCCUCCGGGCGAGCCUCCCCCGGCCCUCUGCGCUCCCCGCGCUCCCGGCCGGGGGAGAGCGAGGUUUCCUGGCGGCCGUCGCUGUAGCCCGGCCGGGGAGCCGGGAGGAAGCGGGAGAGUCCCCGCCCACGGCCCCCUCCCCUCUGCCCGCUCGCCGCCGCCGCCUCCGCCUCCGACCCACAGCGGGCCGGACUCCAGUCCGAGCGGGGGGCGCGGCGGCGACGGCUGGGCAGCGGCUGUGGACUCCGCGGGGACCGCGCCGCCGCCCCCGUGAGUUAUUCCCACGUCCCCCGGGGCUCGCUGCCGCCCCCGCCGGCGCCGAGAGUCCGGCCCGGGCCCAACUCACUCACGGGCCCUCCGGCGGCGGCGGCGGCAGCGGCGGAGCCCACCGCCCGGGCCCCGAUGAGUAACUCCCGCAAUAACCGGGUGAUGGUGGAAGGGGUUGGGGCCCGGGUAGUGCGCGGCCCCGAUUGGAAGUGGGGGAAGCAGGACGGCGGAGAGGGCCAUGUGGGCACCGUCCGGAGCUUUGAGAGCCCCGAGGAGGUGGUGGUGGUGUGGGACAACGGCACCGCCGCCAACUACCGCUGCUCUGGGGCCUACGACCUGCGCAUCCUGGACAGCGCGCCCACCGGCAUCAAGCAUGAUGGAACUAUGUGUGACACCUGUCGCCAACAACCAAUCAUUGGCAUUCGAUGGAAAUGUGCAGAGUGUACAAAUUAUGAUUUGUGCACAGUUUGUUAUCAUGGAGAUAAACACCAUUUAAGGCAUCGAUUUUACAGAAUUACUACACCAGGAAGUGAACGGGUUUUGUUAGAGUCUCGUAGAAAAUCUAAGAAGAUUACAGCCAGAGGAAUCUUUGCAGGUGCCAGAGUGGUACGAGGAGUGGACUGGCAGUGGGAAGAUCAAGAUGGAGGAAAUGGGCGUAGGGGAAAGGUAACGGAAAUCCAAGACUGGAGUGCAUCAAGCCCACAUAGUGCAGCGUAUGUUCUCUGGGAUAAUGGUGCUAAGAACCUCUACAGAGUUGGCUUUGAGGGCAUGUCUGAUCUGAAGUGUGUUCAAGAUGCCAAAGGAGGUUCUUUCUACAGAGAUCAUUGCCCUGUGCUAGGUGAGCAAAAUGGCAACAGGAAUCCUGGAGGAUUGCAGAUUGGUGACCUGGUAAAUAUAGAUCUUGACCUAGAAAUUGUACAGUCUUUGCAACAUGGUCAUGGAGGAUGGACUGAUGGAAUGUUUGAGACUUUAACUACAACUGGAACUGUUUGUGGCAUUGAUGAAGACCAUGACAUUGUAGUACAGUAUCCAAGUGGCAAUAGAUGGACCUUCAAUCCUGCUGUUCUCACUAAAGCAAACAUUGUCCGAAGUGGGGAUGCUGCGCAGGGUGCAGAAGGAGGGACUUCACAGUUUCAAGUGGGUGAUCUUGUGCAAGUUUGCUAUGAUCUGGAAAGAAUUAAACUUCUACAAAGAGGACAUGGUGAAUGGGCUGAAGCAAUGCUUCCAACUUUAGGUAAAGUUGGCCGAGUACAACAGAUUUAUUCAGACAGUGAUUUAAAAGUGGAAGUUUGUGGAACAUCUUGGACUUAUAAUCCAGCAGCAGUUUCCAAGGUAGCAUCCGCAGGAUCAGCCAUUAGCAAUGCAUCUGGUGAAAGACUCUCACAACUCCUGAAGAAAUUAUUUGAAACUCAAGAAUCUGGUGACCUCAAUGAAGAAUUAGUUAAGGCUGCUGCCAAUGGAGAUGUUGCUAAAGUGGAAGAUUUGCUAAAAAGACCAGAUGUGGAUGUAAAUGGGCAAUGUGCUGGCCAUACAGCUAUGCAAGCGGCUAGUCAAAAUGGACAUGUUGAUAUUUUGAAGUUACUUCUGAAGCAAAAUGUGGAUGUAGAAGCAGAGGAUAAAGAUGGAGAUAGAGCAGUUCACCAUGCAGCCUUUGGAGAUGAAGGUGCUGUUAUAGAAGUACUACACCGGGGUAGUGCUGAUUUGAAUGCUCGCAACAAGCGUCGACAGACACCACUUCACAUUGCUGUCAAUAAAGGUCAUCUUCAAGUUGUAAAGACUUUAUUGGACUUUGGUUGUCAUCCUAGUCUCCAGGAUUCUGAAGGUGAUACCCCUCUUCAUGAUGCCAUAAGUAAGAAACGUGAUGAUAUCCUGGCAGUUCUUUUGGAAGCUGGAGCAGAUGUUACCAUCACAAACAAUAAUGGAUUUAAUGCUCUACAUCAUGCUGCACUAAGAGGAAAUCCCAGUGCAAUGCGUGUUUUACUCUCAAAAUUACCAAGACCAUGGAUUGUGGAUGAGAAGAAAGAUGAUGGUUAUACUGCCUUGCAUCUGGCUGCCCUUAAUAAUCACGUAGAAGUGGCUGAGCUGUUGGUACAUCAGGGUAAUGCAAACCUAGAUAUCCAGAAUGUGAACCAACAAACUGCCCUACACCUUGCUGUUGAGCGACAACACACCCAAAUUGUUAGGCUUUUGGUUCGUGCAGGUGCCAAACUAGAUAUUCAGGAUAAGGAUGGAGAUACUCCUUUGCAUGAAGCUCUGAGGCAUCACACUUUGUCUCAGCUACGUCAGCUGCAGGAUAUGCAGGAUGUGGGGAAGGUAGAUGCUGCCUGGGAGCCGUCAAAAAACACAUUAAUAAUGGGACUUGGUACCCAGGGGGCAGAGAAGAAGAGUGCAGCAUCUAUUGCCUGUUUCUUGGCAGCCAAUGGCGCUGACCUUAGCAUUCGAAAUAAGAAGGGUCAAUCUCCACUUGAUCUCUGUCCUGAUCCAAGUCUCUGCAAAGCGUUGGCAAAGUGUCAUAAAGAAAAAGUCAGUGGUCAAGUGGGUUCUCGGAGUCCUUCUAUGAUCAGUAAUGAUUCAGAAACCUUAGAAGAAUGUAUGGUGUGCUCAGAUAUGAAGAGAGAUACUCUUUUUGGCCCUUGUGGACAUAUUGCAACCUGUUCUUUAUGUUCUCCACGAGUCAAAAAAUGCCUCAUCUGUAAAGAACAAGUUCAGUCCAGGACAAAGAUUGAAGAAUGUGUGGUAUGCUCUGACAAGAAAGCAGCUGUUCUUUUUCAGCCUUGUGGACACAUGUGUGCUUGUGAGAACUGUGCUAGCCUAAUGAAAAAGUGUGUACAGUGUCGGGCAGUAGUUGAACGGAGAGUGCCUUUCAUUAUGUGCUGUGGAGGAAAAAGUUCAGAAGAUGCCACUGAUGAUAUCUCAAGCGGGAAUAUUCCAGUGUUACAAAAGGACAAGGAUAAUACCAAUGUCAAUGCAGAUGUGCAAAAGUUGCAGCAACAGUUACAGGACAUUAAGGAGCAGACAAUGUGCCCUGUGUGUUUGGAUCGUCUGAAGAAUAUGAUUUUCCUCUGUGGCCACGGAACAUGCCAGCUCUGUGGAGACCGAAUGAGUGAAUGUCCAAUUUGUCGCAAGGCUAUUGAACGAAGGAUUCUUUUGUACUGACUAAGAAACAGAGUGUUUUGUUAGCUAAAGUAUGUGGUCAUGGGAUCUUUGUAAGCUUUUAAGCUAGUUGGAAGUUCUAAUGAAUUAAUUUUUAAUAUCAUAGUUUCUUUACUAGAGUACAAUUUGACUAUCAAUGUACUAGAAGAACAAAACUCUUCAGUUUUGAUAUCAUGAUUUUUGUUUAUUUUUGUUUUCUUCUUCUUUUAAACUGGAAACAUUAAAUCCAUGGUAAUUCAUAGGUAAUUUCUUUUUAAGUUCUAAGGGGAAAAUCCUUUAAGGAUCUCCUUUUAUUUUUCUUUUUAUUGCAUUUUCUCUUAAAAUUUAUAAAUUUGUUAAACUCAAAAAAUGUACUUCCAUGUACAUUUGUAUCUUUCAGUUUAUUAUGAUUUUAUACAAUGAAAUGGCAUGGGUACUCUGAGAUGUAAUGCAUCAAGUGAAAACAGCAAGUUAAAUUAUUAUGUCACAUGUUAAAUGAUAAAAUUAUACUACAAAUUCCACAUGAUUAAGGGACUAUUGAAGAGAAGAUUCUGUUUUUAAGAUAAUGAGAAGUUAUCCAAAUGUUUGUUUCUGAAAUCUUAGUAUCAUUGGAAGCAUAGAUUAAGAGAAUAUUGACCCUGCGUUUACCUUGUUUUCUAAAUUUAAAAGGAAAACUGAAUCAGAUUAUAGUUUUAAACAAUCAUAGUGAAGAACUGAAGAGGGGGGCAAUAAAAAAGUACCUAUUAACUGACCAUUAACAGUUGCAUUUCUAAUAUAAAUUUAUGCAGUCAGCCAUUUAAAAAUAUCUGUGAAAAGUGUACUUCAGUUUUCCCUGUGAUUACUUAUCUGGGCUUGAUCUAAACAGUACAAUGAUGUAGCCCCAUUUGGGCCUCUGAGGUUCUAUUCAGCUUGAAUUCCUUGUCCAAAGGCAGCAAUUUUUUCCUCUCUGUAUCUAUUAAUUCUGACAGUAUUACUGAUUUUACCUUCAUCAAAGGCCUUACUUCCAUUAUUCUCUCUCAAAUAGUAACUCCUUCUAUAAUGAAAACAGUUUCUUUAUAUCUACAGAUGAAGAUAUUAUUUAAACUGCCAACAAUAUCCAAGAUACAGUAAAUAACUUAAUAACUGAUACUUGUUUAGAAAGAGUACCCAGACAUUUAUAGAAAUAUGUCUGAUUGCCUGUAUAAUAUUGGGGGGGUGCACACUUGACUCUAGAGCUUCUAAUUGUUUUCUCUCCUUUGAAUGAGUGAUCUUUUGUAUCUAGGGUAAAUAUAUACAUAAAUGUUUUGGGGUUCCUUGCUGCUAGAUUAUUAAAAAAAAAUCAGCUGUUUACAAUAAUACCUACUAUGUACUGUGUAUAAGCAUACUUCUAAGUAUAGUGGAUUUUUUUUUUGUAGUUUUUUUCGCCCUUUAAAUCUGGCUAGCUUUUCUUAUUUCUGUUUUUCUUCUGUAACACCUGAAUGUGAAAAUAUGAAGUGUCUAGCCCUCAUAGCACUGUUACUGGCUGUUUAAUUAUUAGCUGGCUGCUAAUGAUUAACAAUCCCAUAUCUGUGUUUAGCUGAGUAAUCUUUAUUAUUUUGAAUAGUAAAGUUUUUAUAAAUUUCAAAUUUGAAACUUUAUGUUGACUAUUCAGUUAUCUAGAAAGGGGCCACUGAGACUAUUUUUAAAGUAUAUUUUGAGCUUCGUUUUUUUAAAAAGAUGGUGUUCACAUAGGGAGACAGACUUAUUGCAAAUUUGAAAAAAGCAGAAGUAGGGAUUUUUCUUUUCUUCCAAUUCAUAGACCACCCAUAUUUCCACUAGGUCAGCAGGUAAGAAGGGAGCACCUGGCUGACUCUUGUAAUUUGGCCAAACUGAGAACUGUGGAAAGGCUUAGUUGUUUUUCAUUGAAGUCUCUUUUGUCUUCUGAAGCUGCAGUGCUAAAAUUUAUAUCCCUAAAAGGCAAUAUCAUCUUCCAAGCUAAUUUAAUUAUUUCCAUCAUAUGAGAAAUUGUUUUCUAUUAUAGAAGUUAUAAAGUGACUAUAAACUUCAGUGCUAAAUACUUGCAGACUUUAUCUGUAUCACUUUGAAGUUUGUUUAAUAAAUAGAAAAUGUUUUUCUUCAUGUUUUCAAGCACCUAAAAAAUUAAUGUUUUUUGAGUUUAUGAGAGAGAAUAAGAUUAAGAAUUUAAUCAUUUAAGUGACUUUUCUCCAACUCACUGAAACUGCUACCUCUUAUAUGUCUUUUAGCAGUACUUUGCCAAUUAGAUGUUUCCUUCUCAUUAUGUAAACCUUUUUUAUCCUGUGUUUAAAAGAACUGUUUUCCUAGAAUCAUUUAAAAAAACAUGCAUUUAUUUAAAAAAUGUAUUUAUUGAGCUUCAGGGGCUAGAUACACAACGUUGGAAAAAAAAAAGGGGGGGGGGGUCAGCCUCUUAGCACUCACAGAAUUUAUUGUGUGGCAGUUGUAUAUUUGAAGUCCUGUCUGUAGAGGAAAGAAAGAAAUCCAAAGGCACUGAUAGCAUUGCUUCCUAAUGUUUUAGAAGACUUGUCAGUGAGUAAUAUUUGGAUUCCCUUUCUAUGCCCCCUCACCCUCCCACAUUUUCUUCUUUAUUCUUCUAAGACUGUCAGCUCUGUUACUCCAGACACACACAACUUACCAGAUGGUGCUAUCCUAAUUGUAUGUAUUCACAUCAUUUAACAUUUUUACUUAUAUUGUAUACAUAUUUAAUUUUGUCAGGAGCAAGAUGUUCAAGAAAAGAUAAUUUUGUAUUAGUGAAGGAACUUUAUUAGAAAAGUGUUUAGCUGGACGAAUUAUGCUUGAAAUAUUUUUAAUUUUAAACAUUGCGAAUUAACCAGUUAGCUAUUUGAAGCAUAAAAUUAAUUGAUAGAUAAUAUUGCAAAUAACUUUGUCAUAUUUUUUAAUGGCUUUAGCCAUUUAGAGCAUGCUAGCAUAUUGAAAUGUUUGUUGCUUAAGAUUUUUGUCCAGUUCAAAUUUCAAAGCUUGCUGGGUCAUUUUUAAUGCACUAGAAACAUCCUGCCUAGUUAUGUGUUGCUUAAUUGCUGUUCUUUGUUUAUUCUGAAUUCUGGACCCUUUUUGGACUAGGAAUUAAUUAAACUUAAAAAAAAUGAA